UAGCAGUUUCCCGACCCUUUACCUCACCUGAAAACCACUCUCUCUCAAAACCACCUACCUUCAAUCUCUAAAAUCCUCUCUUAAUUUCUCUAAAAAUCCCACCUUGAAUCGUUUUUAGUAACCCAUAUCACCUCCCUCCCUCUUUCACUCUCUCUCUCUCCCUCUCUCUCUCUCUCUCUCUCUGUGCACGUGUAUCUUUCUCUCCCUAAAAACACAGACCAUAUCUCUCUUUCUCUCCUACAAACGGCAACGCCAAGCUCUCUCUCUCUCUCUUUCUGUGGUUUAUUUCAUCUUGUUGAACUUGACUCACUAUAUGCUUCUGUAACACGCGCGCCAUGUACCUGAUAAUCAUCCACGAGUAGUACUACUCCAACAAAUCUAUCGCUCGGUCUCUUUAUAUUUCAUUCAUGGCGUACCACAACCAUCUUGCUCAAGACCUUCCGAAUCCUCUCCAACACUUCACGAACCAAUCCCAACAGCAACAACAACAAGACCCGCAUACUUCCCUGCGCACCAUCUUACCCGACCAACAACAACGCCUCCAGGCCGCACCCAAUUGGCUCAACAACGCGCUGCUCCGGACCCAACAAGCCCAGUACGAUGACAACACGAACAACACCAACACAAACAACAACAACAACAACAACAAUAACAAUAGCAGCAAUUUCUUGAACCUCCACACGGCCUCCGACUCCACCGCCGUGUCUCAAUCCUCCAACCAAUGGCUCUCGCGCCCCAUCCUCCACCGCAACCACAGUGACGUCAUAGACGACGUCUCCGCCGCCGGGGACUCCAUGAUCGCCGCCGCCAUGUCCCACGAAUCGGCCGAGAACUUGAAGAACAGCGCCGGCGACAGCCUUAAUCCGAACAAGAGCGAGGUGGGAGUGGUGGUCGAGAGCGGCAGCGACGGAGUGAUGAACUGGCAGAAUGCGAGGUACAAGGCCGAGAUUCUGGCACACCCGCUCUACGACCAGUUGCUGUCGGCCCACGUGGCGUGCCUCCGGAUCGCCACGCCAGUCGACCAGUUGCCCAGGAUCGACGCCCAGCUCGGGCAGUCCCAGAAUGUGGUCGCCAAGUACUCGGCUCUCGGGCAUGGCGCUCAGGGCAUGGUCGGGGACGACAAGGAACUUGAGCAGUUCUUGACACAUUAUGUUCUGCUGCUUUGUUCCUUUAAAGAACAAUUGCAACAACAUGUCCGGGUUCAUGCAAUGGAGGCAGUAAUGGCUUGCUGGGAGAUUGAGCAAUCCCUACAAAGUUUAACAGGAGUCUCUCCAGGUGAGGGUACAGGUGCAACAAUGUCUGAUGAUGAUGAUGACCAAGUAGAUAGUGAUGUCAACUUGUUUGAUGGUAGUUUGGACGGUCCAGAUAGCAUGGGAUUUGGUCCUCUUAUCCCAACAGAGACUGAGAGGUCCUUAAUGGAGCGUGUGAGGCAAGAGUUGAAGCAUGAACUGAAACAGGGUUACAAGGAGAAAAUUGUAGACAUAAGGGAGGAAAUUUUACGCAAGAGAAGAGCAGGAAAGCUUCCUGGGGACACCACCUCUGUCUUAAAAGCUUGGUGGCAAUCACAUGCCAAGUGGCCAUACCCUACAGAGGAAGAUAAGGCAAGGUUGGUACAGGAAACUGGUUUGCAAUUAAAGCAGAUAAAUAAUUGGUUCAUAAAUCAGAGGAAGAGGAACUGGCACAGCAAUCCUUCAACUUCUACAGUCUUGAAGAGCAAACGCAAAAGAAGUAAUGCAGGUGAAAAUAGCCGUGAUCGUUUUAUGUGAAUGGAAGAAAUUCAAGAACAAUUCCUGAAAUGAUCUAUGUAUGUGCUUCCUCUCAAGUAAUCAAUCCAACAUACUACAUAAAAAUCGCGACACCAUAGGGAUUCAUGGUAUAUGGCCAUGGGCUCAAGUAAAAUACCAAUAUUCUGCUUCUUCAGAAAGAAAAAAGGCUGACAUAGAGGAUGAGGUUGGGAUGAUGAACCCCAGUAUGUUACAUUUCACAGAUUGGUCAAAUUAAGUCUUCAGCAGCUGUGGUGCAUAUGACACUGAUCUCAUUAGGAACUCCAGUAUUUAGAAUUAUAAUACUGCAACUGAAUUGGAUGCAUUGGCGGGAUUAUGAUUUUUGUUUACCUUCAUGCCUGUGAAUAACAAGAGUGAGGGGUUGUGGGUGUACAGUGUAAUAAUCUGUGCAUGGUGCCUUACAGUUAUACUGUGAUUAUAGCUUUAAUUUGAAAAUUUUAUUGUAGAGUUAAAUUUGUAGCAA